AGUUUAUUAAUGAUAUUUGAAACAAUAAUUUAUUUUAAUUUUUGAAAUUAAAUAAACAAAUUAUUGUUAGAAAUGGCAAGAACACGUGGUGCAUCUUUUAAUUCUCGAGGUGAGAGUUCUCGAGGAGAGAAUUCGUCGCAGGGCGAAGCUCGAAGAAGACCUACCGUUUCUGCUCGUAGAAGUCGGGCAGCUCCUAUCCAGCAUGACCCCAUAGCUGAGGAGCGAGUCGUUGAGGAACAAACAUAUGAGGCGUAUGAGACUCAUGGAGAGGAGAAUGCAUUUGAGGCCCCUAACGAUGAUGACGAUGAGGAGGAGCAUGCAGAUGUUCAUGACAUACAAGAGGAUGUCGCUGGAUUUCCUGGAGGUCCACACGAUCAUUCAUUGCUGACGCACUAUGUUCAGCAUGUAGCUUAUGCUAUUUCCCAAGGCCGGGAUCGAGGGGACACACUGAAGUUGAUCUCCCACGGAAAAAAAGUAAAUAAGUUAGGACCAUGCCACGAGGGAAUUCAAGACAUUGUGUUGAAUUCCAGUUUGAUGCCUCUUACAGGGAUUUGUUAUGAUUACGUUGAUAAGGGGUUACUCCUCGGAUUCAUAGAGAGGUGGCAUUUUGAGACCAGUAGUUUCCAUCUCCCUAUAGGGGAGAUGUCGAUUACUCUUGAUGACGUCUCGACAUUACUUCACCUGCCCGUGAUGGGGCAAAUGUGUGAUUUGGAGGAGUUGGAGUUUGAGGAGGCUCGUACAGCCCUUGUGCAACUACUCGGCGUUGAUGGUGGCACAGCAGGUUCUGAGAUGGAGGACGCACGUGGUCCGAAAGUCAGACUCAGCUGGCUUAGAGAGAUAUAUGUUCAGAGGUGUGAGUCGCAACAUUGGGACUAUGCUGCUAGAGCAUAUUUGUUGCAUCUAGUAGGAUGCACAAUUUUUGCAAAUAAGAGUGCCAGUUCUAUACGCGUGUCUUACUUAUUGUUAUUUAGAGACGUACACGCGUGUGGCAGAUAUGCCUGGGGUGUUGCUGCACUCGCCUAUUUGUACGACCAGCUCGGGGAUGCGAGUCUCGCCUCCACGAAGCAGAUGGCUGGAUAUUUGACUCUAUUUCAGAGUUGGAUAUACGAACAUUUCCCUAGUAUGACUUAG